UAGUCAACCAAAGAGGUGUACCAAGAAGAUAUAGCCAGGGACAAUUUGAGCGUCUCAGUAGUCUCCGAUGACAUUAAACAUGGUAUUGCAUCUCUUUUCCCUCCUGUGUUUCUUGGCAUUGCCAAUGGUGGUGUCGGGAGAAAACUUGUGCGUCGUCUACACUAUGGCUAGCCAUGGCAGCAACGAUGGCAUUCCGAGCCAAGGAUUCUCCACCGAAGAAUGGUACAAAGUACACCGAUAUUUUGGUCGACACACGAACGCCAGCAUCGCAGCUGAAGGGAGGAAGUUCCUACAAUUUUUAAACGACUGGUACGGCAUCGAUUUGAACGUUGGUGACGAUGCCUUGUCAGGGGUUGAUCCAUCAACUCUGUUCCUCGAGCCCGCGGGAGUUCGCAUAAUUUUUAGACUCUCGGUCCUACCAGAAUACUCUAAUUAUAGACUUUAUUCGGAGUCGCGUGGCAAUGAAAGUCGUUUUUACGGUUCCAGGGUUUACAGUGUUGGGUGGAUGAUUUUGAUCAGAGAUGAGUUUACUGUAACCACGGGCCGAAAUCAGGGAAUGGUCAUUCCGGCAAGAAGCGCCGUCAGGUCUCGAGUCUACUACAUAAAACCCGGGGCAAAGGGCUUCGAUAACGAAAUUAAGCUGCAAGCGGAAGAUCGCGUUCCAAUUCUUGUGCUUUCCAUGCCCUUGGGCCAAGACGCCGGGUAUGAAACAGGAAGCUACUCUGUCUCCAAUCCGCACGUGACCAGUCUCUCUUCACCCGAUUUCGGUGUAGGAAGAAUGCGUGGGAUCUCCCCUCGGUACAAAAAUGGAACCGAAUAUGUGGUCGACGGUCGAAUGGUGUUCACCUUCCACUGUGGUGAUAUGGAGGAUCAGCUGCCAUAGAUGAGCUUUUCAUACACUGAAAUUUUUCCCGACGGGGUUAUUCAAACAUAUUAUUAAUUUUUGCUUGGUUUUAAGGUUUAAUUUUGAAG